ACUCCAGCGUUCAGACAUUUCAGUGUUUUGGCGGGUGUUGAACCGUUAUACAAUUUGUGUGUUUGGCGGUGUGUUUUUGCCGGCUAGCUUGAAGAAAUGUAUUAAUGUCCGUGUGUUCCAGCCAGUUUCGAACAAAACAUGAAUGAAGGAAAGAAAAUCUGUUCUAGAAGAAUAUUGUCAGCAGUUACGUGGACUAUAAUAUUUGAGAUAUUGUUAGCAUGUGCUUUCCUCGCUGUUAUUCACUUCGAUUUCUGGAGCCCCUUGACAUGGAUGGUGGAUGCUGUAACUGUGCUAGUUUCACCAAAAACCUGGGUAUUUUUUAUUCCAGUGAUGACGUGUACGGUUUCAUUUGGAUACCUUCAUGGCUCAGAGUUUGCAAACGUUACUCCUUAUACUCCAAACAGAAUAUCGUGCAUUCAGCGCACUCUCACGUUACAUAAUGGUUGUUUGGCACUGUCACUUUUACUGCUUAGUACGUUUUCAUCGUUUUUUUAUUUAUCGGUAGUUAACGAGAGGUCCCCCAGUACAACAGGAACUGGUGGAAGCUCUGUGGUCGAAGAAAAUCUAUACCUCAUUGUUGGUAGCGUGUUUGUGGGGGUAUAUAUUUUCUUAACAGAAUGUAUAUUACGAGCGAAUGCUCUACAAUAUCCAGUUGUGCAACAGUUGAGGUUAAUUCAAAUCAAAGAAGAAUUUCUCAAUCUAUUGAAACAAUCCAUAAUCAGAAGUAUAUCACCAGUUGUAAUGUUUGCCGUUUUGUAUUUCAUCUUUGGCAGUGCUUUAAGAAAUUGUAUAUCAAACCUCUUGUCUUUGAAAAUUGCAGGAAAUGCAUCUUUUAACGUCAUGGCUGUAUUUUACUUUUAUGGGCUGACAUUCUUUUAUGUUUUUGCUGUCACAGCAGGCAAAUACUUGUUAAACUUGCAUCUUACUGAAAGAUAUGUGUUUCCAAUUGUAAUAAAUGAGAGCAACACAGACAAAAUUAAACUUGCAGACGCCAUGGCUCUGCAACAGUUACCAUUAAUACAAAAUUUGGCAUAUUUAGACCUCAAGUUAUUAGCAGAGAAAGACUUGUUACGUCGACAGCAAUUAUAUAUUUUAAGUCAACCUGGUGGUCAUCCAUACAACUGGAAUGGGGUUAUUUCAGAAUGUAUAAAGUUAAUUAAAUCAUACACAGAAUUUAUCAAUUUAGCUUGUAUGGAAAUGUCUGGAGAAAAAUGUGGUGGCGUAUCUUCACAAAAGAGAGAGACUCCACAGCCAACAUUACCUAAAGCUAACAGUGUGUCCAUGCGAAACUUAUCUUUAGUGUCAUUAAAUGAGUCUGUUCAAGAAUCCGUGUCUCCACUUGGUAGUAAUAUUUCUUUUUCUGAUGCAAUAAAGUCAUACUGGACUCAAAUUGUAGAUUACAUAUGCAAAAAUACUGUGAUUUCAUAUUUUUGUGGUGUUCUCCCAGAUUCAAGACUUCACUGGACCUUAUCACAAGCAUACCCUGUUAUUUGGGCAGCUCAAGGACUAGCUUUUAUUACAACAGCAUCCUUCAAAGAGGAUGAUUAUGGUAUUUCUCUCAGAGACCUUCCUAAUAUAAUAAUCUCUCUUGUUAAUCUAAAUAGGGCUGUAAUAAAAAUACCAAAGUUUGUUGUGCAGAAAAAGACUAGGUACGUGGAAGCAAGAAGCAACAGAAUGAAACAAGCACUCAAAAGUGCAUUAGAACGCAGUCUCUUCAAGCUAAUUAUUACAUAUGACAUUUAUUUGAGGGAGAUAAAGCUGCCAGUUGAUAUCUUCCAAGAGCUGCAGAAUUUUAGGAAUCAGCUGGAAGGUUAAAUAAUGCAAAGUACUUGCCACAAGAUUUUUCUUGAAAGUAUGUUUUUGUGAGCUUUACAUCAAGAAAAUUUUGCUCAAAAUGAAAUUAAGUCUGAAUACAAUUUAUUGAACAUCUAAAUGUUGUCUCUUUCCAAUAUGUUAUGUAUAUUUUUACUUAUGAUGUUGAAUGUGUGUGUUUGUAGUGAUUAAAUGCUACAACUAUUUUGUAUGUUUUAUAAGGUCAUUGUUGCAAUUUUAAAUAAAAUGUGAUUUUUUUUUUCCUUA